CUGGGAGGCUUCCUGGGCAAGGCGGUACUAACCCGGGUCUCAAAGGCCGGAUUGGAUUUGAGAGAAGAAAGGGUUUGCAGGCGUGAAGGACGUGGAGGGGCAACUCAGCUAGAGGACAAAGGUCAAGCAGGCAGAGUGCAGCAAAGGCCUCUGUUGUUGCCGUCAUGCCGUUCCCAUUUGGAAAGUCACACAAAUCUCCAGCAGAUAUUGUGAAGAACUUGAAGGAGAGUAUGGCCGUUCUAGAAAAGCAGGACAUUUCUGACAAAAAAGCAGAAAAGGCUACAGAAGAAGUUUCUAAAAACCUGGUUGCCAUGAAAGAAAUUCUGUAUGGCACAAAUGAAAAAGAACCGCAGACAGAAGCUGUAGCUCAGCUUGCUCAAGAGCUGUAUAAUAGUGGACUCCUUGGCACUCUAGUAGCUGACUUGCAGCUCAUCGACUUUGAGGGCAAAAAAGACGUGGCUCAAAUUUUCAACAAUAUUCUCAGACGACAAAUUGGUACAAGAACUCCUACUGUUGAAUACAUCUGCACCCAACAGAAUAUUUUGUUCAUGUUAUUGAAAGGGUAUGAAUCUCCAGAAAUAGCUCUAAAUUGUGGGAUAAUGUUACGCGAAUGUAUCAGACAUGAACCACUUGCAAAAAUCAUUUUGUGGUCAGAACAGUUUUAUGAUUUCUUCAGAUAUGUUGAAAUGUCAACAUUUGACAUAGCUUCAGAUGCGUUUGCUACAUUCAAGGAUUUACUUACAAGACAUAAAUUACUCAGUGCAGAAUUUUUGGAACAGCAUUAUGAUAGAUUUUUCAGUGAGUAUGAGAAGCUACUUCAUUCCGAAAAUUAUGUGACAAAGAGACAGUCACUGAAGCUUCUUGGUGAACUACUGUUAGAUAGACACAACUUCACAAUUAUGACGAAAUACAUCAGUAAACCCGAGAACCUCAAAUUAAUGAUGAACCUUCUACGAGACAAAAGUCGUAACAUCCAGUUUGAGGCCUUUCACGUUUUUAAGGUGUUUGUGGCCAAUCCCAACAAGACGCAGCCUAUCCUCGAUAUCCUCCUCAAGAACCAGACCAAACUCAUCGAGUUCCUCAGCAAGUUUCAGAAUGACAGGACCGAGGAUGAGCAGUUCAACGAUGAGAAGACCUAUUUAGUCAAACAGAUCAGGGAUUUGAAGAGACCAGCUCAGCAAGAAGCCUAAUUUCCAAUAAACACCUACAAUACCCAAUCCAAAUUCAGCAUUUGCUGUUAGCUACUCAGCAUCAGGCACUCUUACCAAUUCACGAGGAACAUUACUGCUAAUCUGCUGUUAAGUGAACGGUUUUUCCUUUUACUCUUUGUUUUUAGUCCAGGUUGGAGAGCGUAGUUGCUGCCGCUUGCACACUAGCACAGUGGGCUUUUCCUUGAUCUUUGUGUCAUUUCAGAAUUCAAAGACUCCAUUUGCUGCAGGAGUUCUGAGCAUGGCCGGGUUCAUGAAGGCAAAUGUACGGAAGAGAGUAGAAGAGAGUGGUGUAGGGAAGAGGGCUUUGACAUCGGGUGAUAGCUGUGUGCUUGCAUGGCUUUGAGGGGAAGAUCCCGUGCAAUGUGGCACAUGCACACCUGUCAUCCCAGCGUCAGAUCAUCCACCUUCACUGAAGGAAGAUGGCACAUACAGGGCUUUGCUGGAAAUCAGAGGGGACUGUAUCCACAGUGUGAGCUUUUGGGACAGAAAGUUGACGUGCAAAUAAAUUGAUACUGAAACUUAGCGACUUCUCGAAAGUGUAAAGCUCCAUAAGGUCAUAAGGAAAAUGUAUAUAUGCUUUUCACAGCUUUCUAGAACUUUCUGACAUUUGAUUUUCUUGAGACUUGUAAACCUGGAUAUGUGGAAGGGUAUUUGUUAAUUUUACUAUUUGAAGGUAUUUUAAACAGUAGAGCUAGUGAUACCACCUUGCAUUUCAUUUCAACACUGCUUACAGGUUUCUUUUGUAUAUAAUUCUUAGAAUGCUCAUUUCUUUUAAAUGGUUUAAUUUGUACAGCAGAGGAAUGUUAUUGUAGUAGUAUGUAACUAUUACCUGAGUUUUUGCAAAAAAAAAAAAAAUGAAUGCUCAUAUGUAAUUGAAAUACUUCAGGUCACAUGAAAAUGCUGAUUUUAACAUUUAAGGAUCACAGCAUUAAAAGAAAACCAACCCUUUGUAUUCAAUUACCUAACAGGGUGCCAUUAGCAGGCGGAACUACAGACCUGGAACUCAGUCCGCUCCACUUUCUUGCUCAAUAUUGGCCUUAUUCCUCUUUAAAACUUCCUGUUUGCCACAUCUGUGAAUGAUAAGGAUUAUGCUAAAUCAGUGCUGAUGCUUUGUGGGGAACCUCUGUAGACCACCCUUUCUUUCUUAGAGUAAGUAAUCCAGUACAAUAGUCGUGAAACUGAAUAAUUAAAACUUUGGCUUCUCUUAGGAAGAGCUCCUAGUCAUAGGUGUCCUAUGGGGAAAUUUAUUUUUUUUAAUGUCCUGUUCCUUAAUGCUGCAAAUUAUCAGUAUUUAUAAAGUAACUGAUUUUGCACCACUUUUUUGUGACUUGUGACCACGGCAGAACAGUGUCUUCUAGACUGUAUCUAUAUAAAGUUAAUAGAAUGGAAUCCGUUCAUCUCAGUGACACACGGAUCACAACUAACAACUUACCAAUCAGAGUUUGCCAGUUCCAAUUCAGCAUGGCUGUAGCUGAUUAAGAAAUUUAUAUAAUUCUUUGCUAGCCUCUCUUACUAACUGAAUUAUUCAUUGGCCAGUAAAAUGAGCCUCCCAAAAUGUUUUAGCAGGUGUUAAGGACUCCUUUAAGGAACACAAGUCAUAAAUAACUACUCCGGAAAAUACAGAUAUAUUUUCUUCUAUUUAAUUUAAAUGACAGUCUACAAUAUUGGUUUUCCUGAGGCUGUCUUUAUCAGAAUAUGUUGGGGAUGAUUCAUGUUCUCACUUAGUAAAACAGAGAAAACAUUGGGUCUCCUGGAAAAGAAUACUCCUUGGCUGUGUAAGAGGCAGGCUCCGCCUAGCCGAGGUGCUCAUCCUGUGGUCCAGUGUUGUGUGUCUGGAUUUAGUGACAGCACAUUGCGUCAAGUGAAGAAGGUUUUUGCCAACCCAGCUCUUAGAGCUGCUUCCACUUGGUCAGUCACGGGUGGCGCUAGAGCAUGUUGCAUAGAAGAGCGGGUACAGAGGGUCAGCAAACGUUACAGUCACAGUGGAAGCUGAAAGCAGAGAAGACUUUCUGGUUUUGUUUUUAGACA